GUUUUUUGCCCCAGGAAGGGUGUUUGUAGGCUAUUUGACCUCUCGUGUUGCAAUUUGGUAGCGCGAUGCCGAGCGGCGAUGGAGAGGGUCCCCGCGAGAGUCUGGUGUCGUCGCCACCUCAGGGCGAGGCCUCCCUGGACCGUGUGCGGAUCGAUUCGACGAUAUCUGUGACUGACCUGCUAGAGCGGCGGCCGCCUGAGAGACCGAGGAAGUACAACAGCAGCCCCGCCACCGUCAUCACCGUCUGUGCCAAUGUCGUUGGGUCAUCGGUGCUGGUCUUCCCCUUCGCCUUCAGGUGGGCUGGGCCAUCACAUCACACCACACACAACGAGGAGGAAACACUGUGGAUACACACACACACACACAGACUGAAUGAGUGCACAUCUAUCUGCUUGUGUUGGUGUGUGCAGGAAUGCCGGCGUGUAUUCUUUUGUGUUGUUCCCCUUCCAAGUGGCGCUGGCGUGUUUCUCCAUCCUGUGGCUGUGCCGGUCAGUGGAGCUGACCGAGGGCCUGCUGCACAUCCCCAGUGUGGGCAGGCACGUGCCUCGCCGCCGGAAGCACCACACCCACCUCAGCUAUAAGCAGCUGGGCGUCCGGACCUUCGGCAAGCCCAUUGGAUACGCCAUUGAAGUCCUCAUCGCCCUUUACACAUGGUCAGUCCGCCAGCAGAGAGGGAGGGAGAGGGAGAGGGAGAGAGCGCUGUUUAUUGUGUGUGAGGUGACGUGUGUGUGCAUAGGAGCAUGUGUAUCAACAUCGGUGUGAUUCUUCACAACCUGAUUGACCCCGUCGUCACACACUUCAUCCACCACCCAGACGAGGCGGCCCCCGCUUUAGUCUCCACACACAAUGCAACCAAUGCCACAAACCUCACCAUGCCAGCAGGGCUUCACAACGGCACCCGCCCUUUGAUCACGGCCCUCUACAGCAGCAGCAGCGAUCUGUGGCAGCUCGUGUCGGCUCGACAGCUGCAGAGCAACACAUCUGCGGAUGACGGUUGGGGCGGUGGGGGCGACGACAUCGGGCCAGCAGCAGCGGAGAGCAUCUGGCUUCAAGAACGGUUUCAGUUUGUCGUGCUGGGGGCGCUGGUCCUCUGUUUCGCGCCGUUCAAGUCCCUAAGGGCGCUGCGGUACACGUCGUUCGUGAGCCUGGCCUUAAUGCUCUACCUCACUGUAGUAGUGGUGCUGGAGACCAGGAACUAUCAUGCUGGCGACGCUGGCGGUGGUGGUGGUGGUGUUGGGCAGAGUGGUGGCUGGGUAUUUGAUGGCGGCUUCUUCUCUCCGGGUCUGUCGAUGGACUUCUGCCAGGGGGUGGGCAUCCUCAGCUUCUGCACCACGUCGCACUACAACAUACCACGGUAGGCAUGUUUUUCUGGCGACAACACUGGGACAUACCUGGGUGACUUGACGACGUGUCUGCAGGUAUUACAACGAACUGGCCGACGCGACUCCCGCCAAGAUGUUUGGUCUCAGCAUUGUGUCCUACGCCCUCAUCUUCCUUAUCUACUUCACCGUGGCAAUCGCCGCAUACUUGUCGUUCGGCCCCACCAUCCUCAGCAACAUCCUCCUCAACUACCGCGGCGAUGACGCCCUGAUGCUGACGGUGCGGGUGGCCCUGGUGGUGGUCCUGGUGUGCGCAUACCCACUGGUGCACCAGGCCACCAGAGCGGCGCUGGAGAGCAUCUUCUUCCACCCGAAACGUUUGUGAAGCAAAGAGAGAGGGAGGGAGGACGCCUGUGUGAUGUGUGUGUGUGUGUCUGUCUGUGUGUGUGUGUGUGUGUGUGGUUUAGCGUGGCGGCGUUCGCCUCCUCGUUGGCGGUUGAUGUGUGAGAGUGUGGUGCUCAUUCCGCUGGCAUUUGUUGUCUCCUACUGGCUGCCGGACAUCGGUGAGUGAGGGAGGGAGGGAGGGGCAUUACAUUACCCAACCAAGGCAAGGCCACAAAAGGCUGACGCAUCCUCUCUGCGUGGAUGGGUGCCUACAGGUAUUGGUCUUGGGUUUAGUGGUGCCGUUGGUUCUACUCUGCUGGUCUUCAUCCUGCCGCCACUCUUCUACCUCACCGUCGCCAAACGAGUCAGGAAGCAACAACAGAAGCAGCAACAGGAGCAGCAGCAACAGGAAGAGCAAACAGAAGCUGCCCCUGCAGCAACGGACAGCCGCGCCGUCUGGCUUGACGAGCCGCCCUUCGAGGCGCCCUUGCAGUGGAUCACACCGCCCUCUGCCAUCGGCACGAUAGCACCACCACCACCAGCCGCAGCGGCGACCAACGGACACGCGCACACCCUCCCGGCUUCGCCCGCAGAAUUCGACAGCCGUCCACAGGACAAGAAGGAAGGGCUGCGAGGGGUGGAGAAGCCAAAGCCCCUUUUGCCUCCUCCGGCUCCCGUGGCUGUCAAGGCGGACCUGUCGGCUGCCUUCGCUGUACUGGAAGAGAAGGGCGGCGUCCUCAGCCCCCCUCUCGUCCCCGAGCCGGUCUUCAAGAGCCCCUACAGUGAGCUCGGUGUCGACGGCAACCAGCAACACGUCCGUGCGCACGUCCUGACGCGAAGAUCGGAGUCGUGUCUGUCGAGCAGCACACUGGGGGGACCGACCCCUCGUGUGUGCGACGUGGUGCAGGUGCGUGUGCACGGCCCCGAAGGCGGCGAUCGGAAGAGAGUAUCGUUCGACACGAUGGAAGAGGGCGACGAGGCAGCGGCAGAGACGGAUGGGAAUGGCACUACUGGGGGAGAGGGAGAGGGAGAGGCGGCGGGGAGGGUGAAUGGCUUGUCUAAUGCUGUGGGUGGCCGUGGCCGUGGUCGUGUUGGAGAGAGGGACGAGAGUGAUGACGACGCGUAUGUGGCGUCGCUACUGCCUAGUGUGUGUGACGAGGUGAUAUGUUGGGUGAGUGUGGUGGCGGGGUGCGUCUUCUGUGUGGCGGGGCUGAUGGGGUCCGCCCACGCACUGCACCAAGCAGUGAGGGACAGGUGACGUGUUGGGUGCGACGAUGUCACUGUGGUAGGUUUGAAUGAAUCCAUGGUUGAUGGAGUUCAGAGCGAGAUGAGGUGUAUGAUAAAAAGCGAGAGAGAUCAGGUUUGACGAGACGCAUGCGUAAACGCUUUGGUGCGUCUGUCUGGUUGGUUGGGUGGGAGUGAGAGUGCGUAAAGCGAGCCCUUUUCAUCUGUUCGUGUGUGGGUUUGAGCUCAUGCAUGCAUGCGUCGGUGCGUGCUGAUUGCAUGGCAUGGAAGUGGCUGUGCUGUGUGUACAAAGAGAGCAGGAGAAGCGAGGGAAUGACUGAAUACCUACCUAACCGACCGACACAACAGGCAGCCCAGCCUAGCCUCUUUUUCGCCGGUUGGUUGGUCAUCUAUCUCACGUCCUCCCGUGGUUCGUCUCGAUCUAGCUAGCUAUUUGUUGGUCAUCAUGCGCCCUACGUGUGUGUGAUUAUACAUCGCGGAGAGCGAUAUGACCC